AUGUUUUUUGAGAUUCCGGUAGGAGCAGUCUUGAACCAUUUUGAAAAUUAUAAUAUUAAGCACCAUAAGCAAAACAAGUCUAUAACUAGUGGCAACUUACAAUUCCCAGUCAGGACUCAAUCUUUCAUUAAAAUGUCAGGGUUAAAAGGCUACCUGAAGGCUGCCAAACAGGCCCUUCAAGAUGAAAAUCCAGAAUACUGUAUACAACUGGCGGAAGAUGCUUUGAAAAUAGAUCCUGUAAACUAUUUUGCCUAUUUGUUCAUUGGUAAAAGUAGUCAUUUAUUAGAAAAACUAGAUGAUGCUAAAAGAGCAUAUUAUAAGGCAAUUGAUAUAGAUAAUUAUAAUCAGAAUGCAUGGAAAGGGUUACAACUGAUUGUUAAGGACAAUGGUGAUUAUAAAGCCUUUUUCAAGUUUGCUGGUGAAUAUGCCGAAGUAUUGGUCCAUCUCCAAGAAGGUUUAUCAGAAUUUAUCAGAGACAUUAGACUUUAUAUCAAAAAAUAUAACACUCCAGAAAUUCAUGAAGAGUAUUUAAGAUCAUUAUUACCGGAGAGCAAAUUAGGUCAGGCUACAGAUGGUGUAAUUGAGCCUUAUUCAAAAGUUAUUCGUCAAUAUUUAGACAUAAUACUGAAAAGAGAGAAUGCAGAUGUUUCAAGAGAUACAACUCGUGAAAGAUUAAAGUCUAAAAAUCAAGCAAAAAUUGAUGCUAUUGCAUGGAGCCAUUAUGAAAACUCUCAAAUCUCACAUCUAUAUGAAGAACUAAUCAAUACAUUAGAUGAUGAUGAAGAAAGAAGAAAAACGGAAGAACAACAUUUGAAAUACAAAUACAAAGUUUUAAAAUCUGCACCAAAUACUAUUAAACCACAAUUAUUCAAAGAGAUUAAAGAUUUAGUGGAAGGUUUUGUGUUGGUGAAGCAUACGUCAUUCUUUGCAUGGUCAUUAUACUUUGAUUGGGUUGAUCUCCCAGAUUUAACUUUGGUUGAUGAAUCAGUUAUCAAAAAUUUUCUCAAACUAUUCAAAAAUGAACCACUUGGACAAAUUAUAUAUGCAUUUGUAUUGUCAGAUUUAUCACCUUUUCAAAUUGAUCUUGAAGAAGAUUCUAAAAAUUCCAAAAAUAAACAAAAAGAAAUAUCUCAAGAAGAAGCUGAGCUAAAAGAAUUAGAAGCUGAUACGGCUACAGACGCAUUAUCACCAGAAGAAAUAUUAGCUUUGAUGUUACAAGGUCUUGAAUCGUGUAAAACAAGUUUAAUAGCUUAUAGAAUUGUCAUUUCAUAUCAAAUUCAUCUUAAAUUAUUUGAAGAUGGUUUAAAUAAUUGUCAAGGUGCUAUUCAGCUAUUAGCAACAUCAACAAGAGAUACAGGGUUUGUGUUCCCAAGCACAAAGGAAGACUUAUUGGUUGACUAUGGUGUGAUAUUGACAUAUUAUCAAGCCCCAAAAAAUUUCAAAAGAGCCUUACAAAUUUUUGACAAUGUUCUCAAAGAUGCUCCACAGAAUGUUAGAGCCAGAGUUGGUAAAGGUUUAAUUCUUGUUGAAAGAGGUGAUUUACAGGACGCAAGAACCUUGUUAGCUCAAGUUUCUGAAGAAUUUCCAGAUAAUGAUGAAGCUACUAUGGAACUAUCAUGGUGUCAAAUUAGAUUAGGCGAGUACAAGCCAGGUAGAGCUGGAUUAGAAAAAGUCUUGGUGAAAUUUACUGGGAAUAGUCUAUACAUUUUAGAGUUGAGGGCCUCAGUUUAUUGGAAGAUUGCACAAAGUUACUUACUCGAUCAUGAAGAUGGUGAUUUAUCAAAAGCCUAUGAGAACUUGGUUCAGUCUCUAAGAGCUUCCAAAAAUUAUGCUCCUGCUUAUACUUCAUUAGGUGAAAUUUAUUUGAAAAAUUAUGAAGAUGAAAAAAGAGCAACCAAAUGUUUCUUGAAAGCUUUUGAAAUAGACUCAAGUGAAGUCGUCGCGGCGUGGUAUUUAGUUGAUCAAUUCACUUCAAAUACUGAUUGGAAACAAGCAGAAGUAUUCUGUAAACGUUUGAUUGAAUCUGAAAAUUCAAAACGCCGUUUAGGUAAUGAUUCAUGGCCUUAUAGAAUCUUAGGGUGUGCAUCAUUGGAACUUCAAGAUGAUGCUAAAGCCGUUGAGUAUUUCCAAAAUGCUAUCCGUCUUAAUGCUGAAGAUACAGAAUCUUGGAUUGGUCUUGGUGAAGCUUACUAUGGGUGUGGUAGAUUAGAGGCAGCUGUCAAAGUUUUUAAAAGAGCCUUGGAACUUGAACCUAAUCAUUGGACUGCUAAAUAUUUAUUAGCAGUUGUGGAAACACGUAUAAAUGAAUUUGAUACAGCCAUCGGAAGAUUUGAAGACUUAUUAAAUACAAGACCAGAUGAAGAGUGUAUAAUUUCUGGUCUUUAUGAUGCUUUAUAUCAGUAUGCCAAUGAAGCAAUUACUCGUGGAUUUUUUGGGAAGGCUAUUGGAUUGGUGGAAAAAGCCAUAGCGCUUGGUCCAAAGGGUAACAAACAAUCGUUAACUUUCUGGAAAACGACAAGUGAUUUGAUUCAAACCUAUUUAAUUGUUCAAUCUAAAAUCCAUUCUUUCCCACACGAACAGCUAUCAGAUAUUUUCAAAGAUGCUAAGCUCGACACUGAUCAAGACCUCAUUACACAAUAUAUUGAAUCUGAGAAAUGGGUUGAGCUGGUUGCAUUAUAUCUUGUCUACUCAAAUAAGGCUGCAUUGGGCUUGAACUUCACCUCAAGACCUCUAAAAUCAUCAAGUCAUUAUAACUUUGGUCUUGCACAAUUAGUGUCGUAUUUGAAAACCAAGAACACAAAAUAUAGAGAUGAUGCUAUCGAUUCAUUAAAAGAAGCCAUCAAAUUACAAUCAAAUUAUGCAGAGCCAUGGGUCGCUUUGGGUGUUGCUUCAAUAAGUGUUAAUCCCCGUGUGGCUCAACAUUGUUUCAUCAAAAGUACAUCUAUUGAUCCAAAGAAUGUCGAGAUCUGGUCCAAUUUGGCUUUAUUAUAUUUAAGAUAUGAUGAUUCAGAUUUAGCGGUUGAAUCUUAUAGAAAAGGCCAAAGUUUGGCACCAAGUGAACCUAUUUCUUGGUUAGGUCAUGCAUUGGCUGCUAAAGCUGAUGGUGAUCUUGAUACUGCUUCAAAUCUAUUUACUCAUGCUUUUAUUUUAUCAAAUGGUAGAUCACCAGUUGCACAAUUAUUAUAUGGUUUGAAUAUUUGCUUGAAAAGAAUUGGAAAGGGUGAUGAUGUUCAAGAUGUGGAAGCUGUUCAAGAAAUAUCAUCUGCAAGUCAGGGUAUGUUGCAAUAUUUGAAACAUUAUCCAUUAGACCCAUUUGGUCUAUCACUUACUUGUUUGAUUUUGGAGAAAUUGUGUGAUUAUGAAUUAGGUCUUGAAAUCUCAGAACAGCUCUUGGGUAUAUUAGAAACAUCUUAUGAAGAAUCUGAAAAUGAAGAGGUUUUACUUGAUUUUGCAAGAAUUAAAGCUCAGUAUGCAAGAUUUUCUUUAGGUGUUGAAAAUUUCGAUGUUGCAAUUGAAGCAGCACAAGAGUGUUUGGAAUUGACUGAAGAUGAUAAGACUACAAUUUCAUCUAGAACAGUAUUAGGCCUUGCGUACUUCUUCACGGACAAUUUUGAUGAUGCAUUAGAAGAAUUUAAAACAAUUUUGUCAUUAUCAAAUGAUGCAAAGAGAUUGGUUGUUUUGAUUGCACAAAUUUUGUAUAUCUAUGAUACUGAAGAAACUAAACAAGCAGCGUUAGAUGAGUUGUUCCACAAUAUUGAAACUGCCGGAUCUUCAUUAUUGGUCACAUUAGUUAUUGGUGCUAUCUCGGUAAUUGAAAAUUUGGAAGAUUACUUAGUUAUUAUCAAGAGUGAACUUGAAGCAUUACCAUUAACAGAAUUGAUCAGUGACAAGUUUAGAAAUGUUCCAUAUUUAUUAUCACAAAUUAGUAAGAAAUUGAAAGAAAAUGAACAAUCUGUAUGGCAAAAAUCAGCAUUUUUAUUCCCAGAUGAUUUAAGAAUUUGGGAGAACUUGGAUUCAAAUAUCUCAUUGAAGAUUGCAUCCAACGGUAAAGUUAAUGCUCAAGAAUUGAGUGAUGCUUAUCUACAAUCUGGUGAACUACGUGAUAUUCAAAGAAGUCUUUUCAUUUCUCCUUGGAAUGCAAACAGCGUAAAUGCAUUGAAAGGAUGUUUUUAA